AUGAAACCCUUAAUCCCAUUCCUAGUAGCGUGCUUCUCGCUGCUUUAUUUCACGAAUGCCGGGAUUGCCCCGGAAAUAACUACCCUAGAGGAUGGAUACAACAUCAUCGCGAAACUGCCGUGUCUAGGGUGUCCUUUUCUCUUCCAGGAUACCUCGAAAGGCGAGGAUGGGCCUUGGACGGAAAGAGACGAUGAUAAUGCUUUGCUACUGAAUAUCAGCCUUGCAUAUAAUAGCUUCGCUCUCACGCUAAAUAACCGCCAAAUCCACCCCAUCUACUCCAGGCUCCCCCAAAUCUAUGCCAACCAAGUCCUCCAAGAUAUUUCUGUUGACGCUCUCUCAACCAUCGUUUCCAGCGGCCAACUUGAGGCAAGUCACGAGACUAAUGCAGGUGGUGGAUAUUUCGGUCUUUCGUAUUCGCAAUCUCUACGCCAUGUGCAAGAUUCCACCGCUCUUGUCUUCCAAUUCGACGUCAUAGAACUCUGGUCGGAUUUAACCCCCACCCCGCUCCGACAUAGAUUAGAACGUCUAGAUCAGAUGAUGCUCGAGUUGCUUCUACUUCAGAAACCUGUGUAUUCCGCCCUCGAACCCGUCUCUUUUGAAAUUAUCAAAGCGGAGCUAGUCCGCCGGGGUCAUUAUGGCCUCAAAUCAUCCUCCAAUCAACAAAUCAUGAACUUUCUUGACUGGGAUACCUUCGGUCAGAAGGGCACUUUGACGCACUGGCUCGCUUCUUGGGGCUCUGCAAUGCUCGACUUCCUGGACUCGGGGAUCUGGGCGCUUUUCAUCACUAUUUUCGGGGUUAUGGUGCUUUUUGUGGUGAUCUGUGUGCUAUGCAUCUUCGGUUGCAGUUUCUGGCAGGAUGAUUACGCUCAGGCGCAGCAUGGGAAGGCGAAGAGAAGGAAGAGUAAGGGGAAGGGAGAUGUUGAGCUGGGAAGGAUGCCGUUUAAGAGUGCGGAGGAGCUUGGAUUGCUAGGAAGAGGAAGAGUUAUUGGAGUGGGGAAGAGUGAUUGA